AUAAUAAGGUUUCACUUCGGUAAAAAAAAAAUUUAAAAAAAAUCUAAUUUUGCUUAGAGAGAGAAAAAGAGAUGAGAAAAUUCUUACUUGAAGAUGGAGAAGAUUCAAGCUAUCCAAGGCCGAAAAGACAAAGACCCUCUUCUCCCUCCUCUCCUCCUCCUCCUGAAUUUCCUAUGGAAGAAAUUGCUCGUGAGGAAGAAGAUUCUGAUGAAGAAGAAGAAGAUGAUGAUGAUGAAGACACAAGUGAUGAAAGUGAAGAAGAAGAUGAGGAGGAGGUGGAAGAAAUAGUGAGACCACCACCACGACCACCACAACAACAAAAUAAUCAGAUGGAAACUGUGGGACUACAACUACUACAACCCAGAUUAUAUGAGAAUCCAAUCUUUCUAGAACCUACCCUUGUGAGGCCCAGCAGAAAUGGAGCUAUUUUUGUAGCUUUAUCAGACCCAGAAGUUCUUGAUUGUCCCACCUGCUGUGAAACCUUGACCAUUCCUGUUUUUCAGUGUGAGAAUGGACAUGUAGCUUGUUCUUCAUGCAGCAAAAAACUCCAACAUGAGUGUCCUUCUUGCACUAUGCCCAUUGGUGAUAACCGUUGUCGUGCCAUUGAGAAGGUUCUUGAAUCGCUGAAAGUACAAUGCUCCAAUUGGAGGUAUGGAUGCAGAGAAAACAUUUGUUUCAGUAAGAAAUACGAACAUGACAAGUGUUGUAGCCAUGCGCUGUGCACAUGCCCCCUGUUGGGUUGCAACUUCCAGGGCUCAUCUAAGCAUUUGUACCUACACUGUAGACAUAAACAUUUAGGCAAGUUGACAAGUUUCCAAUUCAAUACCAGCUUCCCUCUUUUCAUUACUGUCAAUGACAAAUUCUGUAUUCUUCAAGAAGAUAAAGAAGGUGUUUUAUUCAUUCUGAAUAAUAGAUCGGAUACUCUUGGACAUGUGAUCACUGUUAGUUGUAUGGGGCUUUCUUCAUCAAAGCCAGGAUACUUUUACGAACUUAUGACAAGAGCAGAGGGAAGCAAUAUCAGAUUCCAAUCUUCCACAAGAAAUGUCCAAACCAGAGUUGAUGACCCUCCAUCGCUGGGGUGCCUUCUAGUACCAAAUGAUUUCCUUGGUACUUAUGGGCAGAUAUCCUUGGACGUCUGCAUCUGGCGUCUUGGCUCAUAUCCUGCCAUUAGCUCUGUGUAAGUUAAUUAAAGAACUGAAUUGCGGUUUGUGAGUGGUCUUUUUGACAUUAUAAAAGCAGAUGUGGCUAGCCUGUUUCUUUGUUUCUA